AUGGAGAGACAGGAAGGAUGGAGAGACAGAAGGGUGGAAGACAGGAAGGGGUGGAGAGACAGGAAGGGUGGAGAGACAGGAAGGGGUGGAGAGACAGAAAGGGAUGGAGAUACAGGAAGGAUGGAGAUACAGGAAGGGUGGAGAGACAGGAAGGGUGGAGAGACAGGAAGGGGAGACAGGGGUGUGGAGGAGACAGGAGGGAUGGAGAGACAGGAAGGGGAGAACAGAAGAGGAGGGACAGGAAGGGAAGAGACAGGAAGGGGGGGAGAGACAGGAAGGAUGGGAGACGGAAGGUGGAGAGACGGGAAAGGAUGGAGAACGGGAAAGGGGGUGAAAGAGAAGGGUGGAGAGGGAAGGUGGAGAGACAGAAAGGGAUGGAGAACAAAAGGGUGGAAUGAAGUGAGAGGACGGAAGGGUGGAGAACAGGAAGGUGGAGAACAGGAAGGGGUGGAAAAGACGGAAGUGGGGAUACGGGAAGGUUUGGAGAGACAGGAAGGUGGAGAGACAGGGGAAGCGGAGGAGGAGAGACAGGAAGAGGGGGAGAAGGACAGGACGGGAUGGAAGACAGGAAGGGGAUGGAGGACAAAAAAGGGAGGGACCGGAAGGAUGGAGAGACAGGAAAGAUGGGGGAAAGGAAGGAGGAGGGGGAAAGGAAAAAGGAAGAAGGAGGGGAAAAGAGGGAUGAAGCGAAGGAUGGAGAGACGGAAGGUAAGACAGGAAGGAUGGAGAACAGGAGGGUUGGAAGAGAUAAGGAAUGGCGUGACAGGAGUGAUGGAGACGAAGGGUGGAAGACAGGAAGGGUUGGAGAGACGGAGGAUGAGACAGGGUGAGAGAACAUGGAAGGAUGGGUAA